AUGGCGGAAACACCGAAGAAGCUCAGGCAAACCCCACAAAAAUCACUCAAAUCCACUCCAAAAACUCCGAGUCCUCAGACCCCACAAACCCUAGUAUCACCUCGGCGCUCCUCCCGCCUCAGUUCUUCACCGCCUCCGUCACGUCAAAAGGAUUUACCUGUGACCACACCAAGAGGUUCAAUUAAUCAAAGAAUCAAAUACGCGAAGAAUGUAGAUAGGUUGAAGAAGAAAUUGGACGCAAGCGAUCCGAUCAAGCAUGAUGAUGCAUUUUCCCCUGUCUCUCCUGAUCGGACGGAAACGAAGAAAAGGAAGAGCAGAACUGAAAAUGUGGGUGAUAGAGUAAAGGUUAAAGUUUUGAGAAAUAAGAAAGAGGAAGGGAAGAAGAGAGAUUCUACAAAACCCAAAAGGAGAGUGUAUUAUAAGAAGGUGUCUUAUGAUGGGGGAGAGUUUGCGGUGGGAGAUGAUGUUUAUGUGAAGAGGAGAGAGGAUGCGAGCUCAGAUGAUGAUGAACCUGAAGUUGAGGAGUGUAGGGUUUGUUUCAGGACUGGCAGAAAUGUAAUGAUUGAGUGCGAUGAUUGUUUAGGUGGAUUUCAUUUGAAAUGCUUAAAACCGCCAUUAAGAAAAGUUCCUGAAGAGGAUUGGAUUUGUGGGUAUUGUGAAGCCAAGAAAUUGGGGAAGAAAGUAGAAUUACCAGAGGCGCCAACAGGGAAAAAAAGGCGUAGAACUGCAAAAGAAAAACUACUUUCAAGCGAUUUGUGGGCAGCCAGGAUUGAAAGUUUAUGGAAAGAGGUUGAUGGUAGCUUCUGGUUUCGGGGUCAAUGGUAUAUAAUUCCCGAGGAAACAUCUGCCGGUAGACAGCCACAUAAUCUAAAAAGGGAGCUAUAUAGAACCAAUGACUUUGCUGAUAAUGAGAUGGAAACUGUCCUUAGACAUUGCUUUGUCAAGACUCCAAAUGAAUAUGCCAAGGCUGAAAAUGAAGGUGAUGAUGUGUUUCUAUGUGAAUAUGAAUAUGACGUGAAAUGGCACAGCUUCAAGCGAAUUGCUGACGUCGAUAAUAAUAAAGAGGAUGAUGAAGAAGCCGACCAUGAUGAAGAUUGGAGUUGUAAUGAGGAUUCUGACUCUGAGACAGAUGAAGACUUGGAAUAUGAAAAGGAGGAUGCAUAUAAAUCAAUACGUGGUUCAACCCCGGGUCAUGAAGUGGCUGCAAACUCAAGAAAGGGCCAUACGUUUGGACUCCAGAAAAUCGGGACAAAGAGAAUCCCGGAGCAUGUGAGAUCUCACAAGCCGACUGAACUUGAAAAGGCAAAAGCAACACUUCUGUUGGCAACUUUACCCAAAUCUCUGCCAUGUAGGAACAAAGAGAUGGAAGAAAUAACUGCAUUUAUCAAAGGUGCUAUAUGUGAUAAUCAAUGUCUAGGACGUUGUCUUUACAUCCAUGGUGUUCCAGGAACCGGCAAGACAAUGAGUGUGCUUUCAGUGAUGCGUAGCCUUCGGUCUGAAGUUGAGGCUGGAAUUACUAAACCAUACUCCUUUGUGGAGAUAAAUGGUCUGAAACUGGCUGCAGCAGAGAACAUAUACAGAGUAAUUUAUGAAGCUUUAACAGGACACAGGGUUAGUUGGAAAAAAGCUCUCAACUUACUGAAUGACAGGUUUUCAAAUGGGACUAAAAGUAGCAAAGAUGAUGAUCGUCCUUGUAUUCUUCUCAUUGAUGAGCUUGAUCUUCUAGUAACUAGAAAUCAAUCGGUCUUGUACAACAUUCUUGAUUGGCCUACUAAGCAACAUUCCAAACUAAUUGUGAUAGGAAUAGCAAAUACCAUGGAUCUUCCCGAGAAGUUGCUUCCCAGAAUUUCUAGUCGAAUGGGUAUACAAAGGCUUUGCUUUGCUCCAUAUAACUACUUGCAGCUGCAAGAAAUCAUUGCGUGCCGUCUUAAAGGGAUUGAUGCAUUUGAGAAACAAGCUAUAGAGUUUGCUUCAAGAAAGGUUGCAGCAGUUUCAGGAGAUGCACGCCGUGCCCUUGAGAUAUGUCGUCGUGCAGCAGAACUUGCAGACUAUCGAGUUAAGAAAUCAAUUUCACUUCCGAAAACGGGAAAAUCCCUGGUUGGCAUGGCUGAAGUUGAAGCAGCCAUACAGGAGAUGUUCCAGGCUCCACAUAUCCAGGUAAUGAGGAGUUGUUCUAAACUGAGUAAGGUCUUCUUAGCGGCGAUGGUACAUGAGCUCUAUAAAACAGGAAUGAGUGAGACCACCUUUGAAAAGUUGGCCCAAACCGUUUCAUGUCUCUGUACAAGCAAUGGAAUAACAUUUCCUGGAUGGGACACACUAUUGAGAAUUGGCUGUAAGCUUGGUGAAUCAAGAAUCGUUUUGAGUGAAUCAGGAGCAAGUCAUAGGUUGCAGAAAUUGCAGCUCAAUUUUCCUAGCGAUGAUGUGAGUUUUGCACUGAAAGACAGCGAGGAGCUACCUUGGUUGACCAAGUAUAUCUGAUAUCGAAGGCUAGAUGUGGUGUCGAUCUCAUUUACGAGUUUAAUUGUAUCUUCAAAUUAUUCAUAAUACCUAUAAACAUUCUCAUUGAUUUUUAUUGUUCAAGUUUUGACCACAAAUGUCAAGGACAAGGCUACUGAUCAGUUUACCUUUAUGUUGUUUGUAC